UCGGUUAUGGACAGGAAUUUAUAUAUAUUUCCUUACUUUGACCGUUGAUUUUUUUUUUUGUGUGGUUCAGAAGUCGGUAAGAAGAUUUGAUUCAUUGUUAGAGAGAUUCAAGAACCAAAAGUUUGAAACACGUUUACAAGAGAGAAACAAAGCUACUUGUGGUUUUUUUUUGUAGUUUGCUUUGGUCUUUAAAGCUGUCCACUUUAGUAUUAUAACGGAGAUUCUUUUUUUUUUAAGUUAUGGUGUUUGAGUGAAGAAAGGUCUUACAGAUAGAUCUGAGGUUAUUGCACACAGAUCUGAAGAAGCUCUGCUUCGUAGUGAAGCUUAGUGGUUUGAGUAAUUUAGGGUUUAAGCUGCCUAGUGUGUGUGUGUUUGAUCUGGAAAAGGUUGCCGCUUCGUCACGUUUAGUGUUGUUUGUAUUGGGUUGGUAAAAGUUUGGUGCUUUCAGGAUUAUACUCUCUUACUCCAAAGUCUGCAUUUUUAGGUUUGAAAGUGAUCCAUUCAUCUUUGAUGAGAAUUUGAGGUUAUUUUUGGUGAACCCAGAAGCGUGUCAGUGAUUAGAUGGCUACAACGCCAGCUCAGCCUCCUGUUUCAACUCCUCCACCGUCCCCACCGGUUGUUUCUCCACCGGUGGGCAGUUCUCUUCCGAGUAACAAUGCUACUUCACCACCACCGUCUCAGUCUCCUCCUCCGGCCACACCACCACCAGUGACUCCAUCACCACCGCCACCAGAUAGUAGUGCUCCUCCUCCGGUUCCUAAUGAACCACCUCCUCCUCCUCUGCCUAAGCCACCUGAGACCUCUCCUCCACCGCCACAGCCAGUGAUCCCUUCACCUCCUCCUUCAGUUUCACCGCCUCCACCACCGUCUGUGCAGCCACCACAAACCUCUCCUCCUCCACCAUUGCCUUCUUCCCCUCCACCUCCUUCAUCUGUUCCUCCUCCACGCCCUUCCCCUUCACCACCAAUCUCACAACGCUCUCCUCCACCGCCUUCAGGGCGUCCUACUCAGUCUCCUCCUUCACCGCCUCCAGAGCGUCCUAUUCAGUCUCCUCCUCCUUCUUCACAGCCUUCAUCUCCUUCUCCUCCUCCUGCUCCAUCAGAUCGUCCCAUUCAGUCUCCUCCACCACCAGAGGAUACUACUCCACCAACAACCUUCUCUCCUCCUCCUCCUGUUCAAGAUUCUCCUUCCGAGAUACUUGUACCACCAGGUUCUUCUAACAAUACACCUCAAAACAACCUUCCUCCUAGUGCUCCUGAUACUUCAAACUCUUCUCGUAGUAGUGGCAUUGGUACUGGAGCUGUUGUUGGCAUCACUGUCGCUGUAGCCCUCGUUCUUUUCAGUCUUAUUGGACUCAUUGUCUGGUGCGUGAGACGACGAGAGAAACGGCUCUCAGCUGUUAGUGGUGGUUAUGUUACACCGUCGCCAAUGAGCACCUCCUCCUCAAGACCAGAUGCAGCUUUCUUUAGGACACAGUCAUCUGCACCUGUAGUAACUGGAAAGCGUUCAGGGAGCUAUCAAACAUACUUCUCACAAUCACAAUCUGGCGGCUUAGGCAAUUCAAGAGCACUGUUUUUAUACGACGAACUUGGGAAGGCAACAAAUGGAUUCUCUCAAGAAAAUCUAUUGGGUGAAGGUGGGUUUGGUUGUGUAUACAAAGGGAUAUUACCAGAUGGGAGAGUGGUCGCUGUGAAACAACUUAAGAUCGGUGGAGGACAAGGUGACAGAGAGUUCAAAGCUGAAGUUGAGACGCUUAGCAGAAUCCACCACAGGCAUUUGGUUUCCAUUGUGGGACAUUGCAUCUCUGGUGACCGUAGAUUGCUCAUUUAUGAUUAUGUCUCUAACAACGACCUUUACUUCCACCUUCAUGCAUCUAAAGAAGUUCUUGACUGGGCAACACGUGUUAAAAUCGCUGCUGGUGCUGCUCGUGGACUAGCUUAUCUCCAUGAAGAUUGUCAUCCACGUAUCAUUCACAGGGACAUUAAGUCGUCUAACAUUCUUUUAGAGGACAACUUUGAUGCUCGGGUUUCUGACUUUGGUCUUGCAAGAUUAGCUCUUGAUUGUAACACUCAUAUCACCACAAGGGUUAUGGGAACAUUUGGCUACUUGGCUCCUGAAUAUGCAUCAAGUGGGAAACUAACAGAGAAGUCUGAUGUAUACUCCUUUGGAGUUGUUCUGCUUGAGUUAAUCACUGGACGUAAACCUGUGGAUUCAUCUCAACCACUAGGAGAGGAGAGCCUUGUUGAAUGGGCAAGGCCUCUGAUAAGCCAUGCCAUAGAAACCGAGGAAUUCGAUUCUUUAGAAGAUCCCAAGCUUGGAGGAAACUAUGUGGCUUCCGAAAUGUUUAGAAUGAUUGAAGCAGCUGGAGCCUGCGUGCGCCACUCAGCUGCCAAGAGACCUCGGAUGGGACAAGUUGUGAGAGCGCUUGAGAGUUUAUCUGCGGAAGACCUCACCAAUGGGAUGAGACUAGGAGAAAGCGAGGUAUUUGACUCAGCUCAACAGUCAGCAGAGAUCAGAUUGUUCAGGAGAAUGGCAUUUGGCAGCCAAAAUUACAGUACAGAUUUUUUCACACAUAGUAGUUACAACAGCAGAGAUGGAAACGUGUAAAUAUCCAUCCAUACACAGUUUGUUUUUACUUUCUCUCUCCAUUAGAGGCAACAAGAACCCAUCAAGAACAACAAAGUUUUGUCUGAAAAGUUCUCAUCUCUUUGCGCCUCUUAAGCCAACACAUCUCAAAGCAGAACCUUCUUUGAGUACCCCAAAACAAAACAGAGGAUUUGCAGAGGAGCAUGUGGUAGGAAGAUGAGAACAAGAGAGGUUUUUGUUUCUGACAUGAAAGUACCUUUUGUAUCUAUUUCUUAAUCUUCAAAUUUGCACAUUUUGUGACAUUACUUCCUCGUCAUGUUGUCUCAUUCUUAUACUUAUGAUACGUCAACAAGGUUCUUUCUUUGUCUCUUUGUCUCUUUCCAUUACCCCUGUGAAUCAACGUGAUGGAGAGUAAGUAGUAGAAUCAAAGGAAACGCAAGAUUGUUAGUUACUUUGACGUCCA